UAAAGACUUAAAUAAGUCUGUUGAGGCAGUGGACCCCAGCUUUGCUGCUGAUCACCUGAUCAGUUUUGCAUGAGCAGAUCCUUAUUCACCUUCAACACUAUUAGGGAAACACCUUGCUGACGGUUGGCUAGGACGCCCCUGCUGCUGCAGGUAUCACUGUCAGUCCCUCUUUUUCUCCACAGCUUCAUAAUUAUGCAUUGCAAAAUAUAGCUUUUUAUUAUUUUUUUUUAAGUUUUAAGUCAAGACCAGAUUUGAACCUCGUUUGAACCUCUUGCGGUGCUUACAAAGCGAAGAUGAGCAUCAAAAACGAAGAUGUGGAGAAGUUUCUAGAUGAAAACCAAGAGUUCACGAAGAGAUACUUUGCAAAAAAGCUCAAACCUGGAACUGUGGCAUCCAUCAUGAAAGUCCCAGAGUCCAAAGUGGAUUUGGACUCUUUUGGGAUGAUGUGUCAGGUGGAGGAAGGCGCAAUAUUCUUCGAUUUGAUCAAAGAGAUGCAGGAGAACGUCAACAUGGAGAAGGUGAUCUUCAAAAUCCUGAAGCGAGUCAGUGCUCUGAUCCAUGCUGACCGAUGCAGCCUUUUCAUGUACAGACAGAGGAAUGGCAUCGCUGAAUUGGCCACUCGACUGUUUAACGUCAAUGCUUCAUCAAAGAUGGAAGACUGUGUGGUUCCACCAGACUCUGAGAUUGUCUUCCCUCUUGAUAUCGGAAUAGUCGGGCAUGUCGCCCAAACUAAGAAACACAUCAAUGUCAAGGAUGUUAAAGAGAAUAGCUACUUCAGUACGUUUGUUGAUGAGCUGACAGAAUACACCACCCGCAACAUCUUGGCUACUCCCAUCAUGAACGGCAAAGAUGUGGUGGCGGUCAUCAUGGCAGUCAAUAAAAAUAACGGACCCUAUUUCACAGAUGAGGAUGAAGAUCUUUUUUUAAAGUAUCUCAAAGUUGGCACGUUGAACUUGAAGAUUUACCACCUGAGCUAUCUGUACAACUGCGAGACACGUAAAGGCCAGCUGCUUUUGUGGUCCGCUAACAAAGUGUUCGAGGAGCUCACGGAUAUCGAGCGUCAGUUCCACAAAGCUUUGUACACAGUACGGGCAUACCUCAACUGUGACCGCUACUCUGUCGGUCUGCUGGACAUGACCAAGGAAAAGGAGUUCUUUGAUGUCUGGCCUGUGUUGAUGGGAGAGCAAGCACCAUACUCUGGUCCCGUCACUCCAGAUGGGAGGGAAAUCAUUUUCUACAAAGUCAUUGACUACAUUUUACAUGGAAAAGAGGACAUUAAAGUCAUACCAAAUCCACCUCCAGAACACUGGGCACUGGCUAGCGGCCUACCCACCUACGUAGCAGAAAGUGGCUUUAUCUGCAAUAUCAUGAACGCACCUGCAGAGGACAUGUUCAAAUUUCAGAGCGAGGCACUCGAUGAAAGCGGCUGGACCAUUAAAAAUGUGCUGUCUCUGCCAAUCGUCAACAAAAAGGAAGAAAUUGUUGGAGUGGCAACUUUCUAUAACAGGAAAGAUGGCAAGCCAUUUGAUGAGCAGGAUGAACAACUAAUGGAGGCUUUGACCCAAUUUCUGGGCUGGUCGGCGCUCAACACAGACACCUACGACAAGAUGAAUAAACUGGAGAACAGGAAAGACAUCGCCCAGGACAUGGUGCUGUACCACGUCAAGUGUCGAGAUGAUGAGAUUCAGGAUAUCCUUAAAACCAGGGAGUGUUUCGGGAAAGAACCAAAGGACUGUGAAGAGGAUGAACUUUGGCAGAUCCUGAAGAAAGAACUUCCAGGGAAAAAUAAAUUUGAGAUAUACGAGUUCCGGUUUUCCGACUUUGACUGCACAGAACUGGAUUUGGUGAUGUGCGGCAUCCAAAUGUACUAUGAAGUUGGUGUUGUGAAGAAGUUUCAGGUCCCUCAGGAGGUUCUAGUGCGGUUCAUGUACUCAGUGAGCAAGGGCUACAGAAGGAUCACCUAUCACAACUGGCGCCAUGGCUUCAACGUUGGACAAACCAUGUUCACAUUACUAACGACAGGGCAGCUGAAGCGAUACUACACAGAUUUGGAGGUCAUGGCUAUGAUCACUGCUGGAUUCCUACACGAUAUUGACCACAGAGGCACCAAUAAUCUGUACCAAGUGAAAUCCCAAAAUCCAUUAGCAAAGCUUCAUGGUUCAUCCAUUCUGGAGAGGCAUCAUUUAGAAUUCGGCAAGUUUUUACUUGGAGAUGAGUCUUUAAACAUUUUCCAAAACUUGAACAGAAGGCAGACGGAGCAUGUUUUCCACCUAAUUGACAUCGCCAUUAUUGCAACUGACCUUGCCUUGUAUUUCAAGAAGAGGACAAUGUUCCAGAAAAUUGUGGAUCUUUCUGAGACGUAUGAGGACGAGAAGAAAUGGGUCGAUUUCCUUUCUCUGGAAACGACAAGGAAGGAAAUUGUAAUGGCCAUGAUGAUGACUGCUUGUGAUCUGUCAGCCAUCACCAAACCAUGGGAAGUUCAGAGCAAGGUGGCACUCUCUGUAGCAGCUGAAUUCUGGGAGCAGGGUGACUUAGAGAGGACUGUACUUGAGCAACAACCCAUUCCCAUGAUGGACAGGAACAAAGCUGCAGAACUCCCUAAACUUCAGUGUGGUUUUAUAGACUUUGUCUGCACUUUUGUCUACAAGGAGUUCUCACGGUUCCACAAGGCCAUCCAACCCAUGUUCGAUGGCAUCCAGAACAACCGAAAAGAGUGGAAGGCUUUACAGGAGGCGUAUGAGGCGAAGCUAAAGGAGGCUGAAGAAGCAGCCAAGGCGAAAGCAGAAGCAGAAGCAGCCAAAAAAGCUGCUGCCAAUAACCCAUCAUCAUCGGGGUCCAAGACCUGCUCAAUCUGCUAGAACUGAAUGGCCAUUAGAGAAGGCAAGGUAUGUUAGGGAUUCAACACAGCCACUGAAAUGGAUGGCACAUGGUGAGAGUGGCCUCACCCCAGAACAGAGGGACGCUGGGAAACACUGAGCAGGACAAUGUAUCACAUGCUUCCAGUAUGCCACUAGACCAACUGGGGCCUGACAACAAAUUUCUGUAGACACAAACCAAGGUGACUGAGUUUUGCCUCCGGUUUGUACCAUCAUUGGGUUGUAGUUUUUGGUUAAAUCCAUUCUCGUUGUUAUGUCACAUGAUCACUGAGUCUUGUAUGUUCUUGAGCAAAUCCAUAAGUGGAGUGUGUCUAUUGUGAAGAUUAGGCAUCAAAUAUGAUAGCUAUGAGGUGAUACUUGUUGCUUCUUUUUAAAGUACAUAUACCAGUUCUUACUAUUGUUCAAGGAAACAAGUGUGUUAUAUGAGCUGUGUUCCAGUCUUACGAGUUGCAUGCUUUAAAGGCUCCUGUGUCAUUGGGCAGCAUUUUACCUGAAAGGCAACCUUGGCAGGCAUCAAGUUUGGGUCACAUCAUACAUCAUUUCUGAAAGCAUCUGAGAAUGGAUCCCAAACUAGCUGCAGCUAGUGAUGGAUGACAAACGUGUUGGUAAGGUGUUGGUCCACCACGAACCACUAGAACAGCUUUAAUUUUCCCUGGCGUAGAUUGUACAAGUCUCUGGAACUGUACUGGAGUGAUAAACACUGUUCUUCUAAACGAUAUACCCAAAAAGAUUUUGGAUAUUUUUGAUGAUGGUAGUGGAGAGCACUAUAAAGUCAACUUUACACUGUGCUAUUUUGGGUCUGAUUUUACUGUCACAGACAAAAAAAGUCGCACAUUGUAAAAGAAUUCUUUGGGCGUGGGAUGAGACAGCCGAUCUAGUGCCACUGGAACAAGACGGCUAAUGACAAAAUUCUGACAGCGUCAGAAGGUUUUUUUUAUUAAACGAUCCCGGGAAACACCACACCCAUCAGGAAAUGUUUUAUUUUAGGAAUAAAGGGUUUGCAGUGACAGUUCCCUUUAAGCGAACAAGUGGACCCAAGCCAUGCCUGCAAAAAUAAACGCCCCCCUCAGCAUAUCAGAGCCACUCUUAUUUCCUUUCAUUUGUUUCCCGACCGUAUGUUUCUGGUAUUGAACACAACUAGGCUACUCUUUGCUUAAAAGCAUAGCUAGAUAGCGAACUCAAUAUCCACAAAUUAACACAUUUGAGCGCAAAAAUAAAUGCUAGUUACAAGUUACAGUAUGCAGUUCAUUUAUACUGUAUAUCCAAACUGUGUUCCUCAUCAGAGUGACAGUUUGGUACUUGUUGCACUAUUUUCUGGUGCUCUGAUCUGACUAACAGAAUGAUGGGAUUAUCUAGACCAAGAAGGAGAUGCAGAUGCUGUCCAGUCCUCAAAUUUGUACCAGCAUAAAGAACUCAGAGAGUAGCAUGUAAUUGCUGCUAACAAUGCUAAAAAUGCUGCCUGCCUAGGUAACUGCCUUCCAGUGGAACACAAUAAUGGUCUCAAGACCCACAGAGUUCUCCAAAAUAUAGAUGAAAUGUAUAUGUAAUGACCCAAAAAACAAACAAACAAGAAAAAAAAACCCGAAUAUGAGUGAGUAGUGACUAACAAAUGUGCUCAUGAUAUGUGCUUGUUUAUCAGUCUACAUCACUAGAAUCAUUUUAAUAGCAUCAUUUUAAUGUACUUUCUAUGAAUUUCCAUCAUGGCAUUACAUCAAGUGCUACCAUACGUGUGCUUUUUCAUACGUGUGAGUUUACACUUGUGAAGGAAUACCAGUGCCAGUGGCCUUCAUACCUCUACUCAUAUCUCAUUUCUAUCAACUGUCUUCUCAGCCAACUUGUAAUGACACUAAACUUACAGACGUUAUGGCUGUGUGUGAUAUCGUGAAGAGUAUUUAAAAAGCAGUACAAUGUCUCUAAUUUUCCAGCGAUGUUUAAGGAGGACGAAGUGUCUUUCCUACAGUAGGAACAUCUACAAAAAUUUGCAGACAUCGAUUGUAAAUCUUAAUUAUGUCAAUGAACCAAUUUGACUACUUCAGGUUUAGAAUGAAAGCAUGGCAUUAUGGUAUAUUGGUAUAUUAUGACAAUUAACUUAAGCUAGUUUAUUUUACGUAGAGUAAACAGAAUACGGAACAAUCCAUUGUUCAGAAAAGGUCUUGACUUGAACGGGAUAAAUCAGGGGUCCAUGCACCAGAGGUGCUGGGACUCUUUUGUUUUAAUUAGGAUUUUUUUGGUUGGUUGUGUUGCUUUUAUGGGUGCUGUUACAUAUGCAGUGUUUAGUCUGUUUGAAUGGAAACCUGGUGUGUUCUCCCACUCGGUGCAGUUCUUUAGGCAGGUGAGAACACAGCAAUCACACGUAGGUCCGAGUGAGUGUUAACGUGAAAGGCUUUGGAUCCACUGCGACCCUGACCAGGACAAAGCGCUUACUGAAAAUGAACGAACACGGCGCUGUGUUCUUUGUGCUCAGGUGAUUUUUCUGAUUUAUACACACACUUGGUAAAACUUUGUUUAUCUUUUUUUCCAGCACCGUAUUUUGGAUCAAAGAAAGUUUAUUUUAUUUAUUUUUUUUAAAUGUAUGAUUAUGUAGUAAUUAUGUGCAGUUUGGAACCAAAUCAAAUAGCAAACGCUCUGAUUCAAACUCAACAAAAAGACUGAUAGGUGUCUAAGCGCC